AUGGAUUCAGCACUCCUUAGAGUCGACGAAGAGAAGGCACGCCAUGCUAAACGUGUAAAGCUUAGGGAGCUGAACGCUGCCAUGGACAUCCAAGAGUUGUCUAGGCUGGACUCCACCUUGAAGCGCCACACUGGUUUGAUCAAGCGCAUGCGCCUGUCUCUUGGUGCUGAUCAUCGUGACCAAAUCCUCAAGGACAUAGACUCGUUGUCGCUGGAAAAGUACAUCGACGAGAUAGCUGGGGCCGCACUAGAAGGAAUCAUGAGAUGCAAAACGGAGAAGGAUAUUUGGAGUGCUGUUGAGGUUAUUUCAGCUCUCCACAGACGCUUUCCCGCAGCAUUUACUACUCCUUUCAUUUCAUCAUUGUCUACCGCACUUGCUGCCCCGUCUCGUGCAGCUCUCUCUGCGUUACCUCCUGAACAGCGGGAGAAGGAGGAUUCUGCGCGAGUUUCUCGACAGCGUCCCCUUCUCCGUGUCUGUUCUGAGCUCGCAUUAGUCGGAAUCAUUACUGAUGGACAGAGACGAAGUGGCGGUGAAUGGAUAAUGAAAGUAUUGAGGGAAUUGCUGUCUAACGAUCCAACCUUGUCAUCUCUACCCCUUCUCUCCAUAUUUCUGAAGUCAUACUCGAGACCAUAUUUGGGCCUGACGCCUCCUCAGAGCAAGCAGAUAUCCGCUGAAACAGAACCUGGAACCUUGUCUUCAACAACUACGAACGCCACCCAAGGAGAAUUUCCGACGCUCUUGCAUGAGGACGAGGAACUUGUAGAACAAGAAAUUCGGGAUCGAUUCAAGCGCAUGUGCGAAGGUUAUUUUGACAGCGUUUCCAAGAAACUCACCAUAGAGCACAAGCGCCUGCAAGAUCAAGAUCGUAGGAAUCAUGAAGCAUAUAUCCGGUCUGGGGAGAUCUUUGAGGAUAGGCAACAAGCGUAUGAGAAGAUGACAAAAGGCUACGAGAAACUACUUGCAAGCUGCCAAACACUCUCGGAACUGCUGUACCUGCCUAUGCCGUCAUUGCCCACCGCGUCCCAGAAGUCGGAUUCCAUCCAAAUUGGAGGAAAUGCCGUCUCGGGCGAUGAUGAAGAUCCUCUCGCGAAUUCUGGGGGUAAAUGGGAGGACGAGGAAGAGCGUCGCUUCUUUGAGGACAUCCAGGACCUAAAGGACUUCGUGCCAAAGUCAGUUUUGGGCAUUGAGAGCGACGAGAAAGAAGAUCAGGAGAUCGCAGAAGAGAGAGAAAAGGUGGAGAAGGAGAAAGCAGAUGCUGAAGCAAAGAAACUAGAAGAGGAAUUGGAGGGCCUGAAACUGGACGGUGAUCGAGUAAAUGGAAGAAACGACGGUACCACCGAAGUUGAGAUGCGCGAGGAAGAACCCGAUGGUACAAUCACACCGACACCGACGUCCCCGACUAAGGCCUCAAGUCCCCCGUUGUCUCCUCAACUCGCCCCUCAGGGACCAUCGCAGCUACUUACUGCUUUACUUGCACGCCUCCCCGAUGCAACAAAUCGUAGCAUGAUUGACCAAGCUGCAAUCGAUUUCGCGUUUUUGAACUCCAAGGCGGCUAGGAAGAGACUUAUAAAGUUCUUGGGUGCUGUGCCAAAGAAUCGGACCGACUUACUUCCUCAUUAUGCAAGGUUUGUAGCAACUUUGAACAGAUAUAUGCCGGACAUUGGUGCCGAGCUUGUGGCACUGCUGGAUGAAGAAUUCCGCUAUUUGCAACGAAAGAAAAAUGUGGUGAAAGAGCUUGCAGAGGUUCGCUUGAAGAAUAUCUUAUAUUUGUCCAGCUUGACGAAGUUUCGCGUCGUGCCUUCUCAUCUUGUCCUCCACAUGUUCAAAGUAUGCUUGGACGAUUUUUCUGGAACGAACGUCGAAAACAUCUCGAUUCUCCUUGAAGGGUGCGGUCGCUUUUUAUUGCGCAGUGACGAGACUAGGGAGAGAUUUGGUACUAUGCUUGAGCUCAUGAGGCGUAAGCAGAGCAUGCAACACUUUGAUCAAAGACAAAUCCUUCUACUUGAAAACGCAUAUUAUCAGUGUAACCCACCUGAACGAACGCCGAGACAACAGAAGGAGCGCACUCCUUUGGAACUUUUUAUCCGCCAUCUUAUAUAUGACGUUCUAGCUAAAAAGACCAUUGAUAAGGUCCUUAAGCUCCUUCGCAAGCUUGAUUGGGAUGAUCCAAUUGUUCAACGCGCUCUGCAUAAAGUUUUCACCAAACCUUGGAAAAUCAAAUAUAGCAACGUCAAUUUGUUGGCCAUGCUGACAUACGACCUCCAACGUUAUCACCCUGCUUUCGCGAUAUCGGUUGUGGACCAGGUUCUUGAAGACAUUCGAAGAGGCUUGGAACAGAACGUCUAUAGCACGAACCAACGCCGUGUGGCUGCCAUAAAAUAUCUGGGUGAACUCUAUAUCUACCGGUUGUUGGGGUCGAUCCUAGUGUUUGAUACAUUGUGGUCGCUGGUCACAUUCGGACAUCCUGAAGGACAUCCAUUGCCCCGUCAGCCUUGCCCACUGGAUAUGCCUAACGAUUUUUUCCGCGUUCGUCUCGUUUGCGUCCUGCUCGACACUGUUGGCAUGUGCUUCGACCGAGGGACUCAGAAGCGGAAGCUUGAUAAUUUCCUUGUUUUCUUCCAGUACUAUGUCUUAUGCAAGGAAGAUCUGCCCAUGGACGUUGACUUUAUGCUCUCUGAUUCGAUCGAGGCUAUCCGGCCCAAGAUGACGAUGUAUAAUACAAUAGAAGAAGCCGCUGUAGCUGUCGAUGAUAUGUUCAAUGCUGCUUUGCAGAACGCUGGUUUAUCAACCGGUGAGGAUAGUGGCGAAGACAGCGACGAAGAAGGCGAACGGCCUCAACAACAAGACGAAGACGAUGAUGAUACGACUGGUCAGGAAUCUUCGAAUGAAGAUCGAACAGCGUCACCUGACCCUGUUAUCGUCCUAUCCACACAAGAACAUCUCGGACCAUCUGAGGAAGCUGAAGCCGAAUUCGAGAAAGAGCUUGCUAAGAUUAUCACAGAUUCUUCAGCCGAGUCUAGAAAGGUUGACAAGAAGACAGCUUGGUGGGAUUCUGCCGUUCUCGCCCCUAAUUUGCGCAAGAAACGGGCUGACGAAGGUGAUGUCGAUGCUGGCGGCGACAACAAGCCAGACGGUGACGCCGUGAUGCAGUUCACUGUCAUUACUAAACGUGGCAGUAAGCAGCAGGGUCGCCAUCUUCUUGUACCAGCCGAAUCGGCGCUCGCCGUACACACGCGAUCUGCACAACUUCAAGACAAGGUAGAGCAGCAACAUCUCAAACGUUUGGUCCUGGACUACGAGCAGAGAGAGGAAGCAGAAGAAAUGAAAGCUCUCGAAGUGCGCAACAGGGCUGGUGCAAUCAAGAUCCGCUAUAUCGGAUAG